UUUAGUGAAGUUAUUAGGAAGAACUAUUUUUCCAAGCCUUUAGCUCCUUCAUUAGUUCUACAUCCUCUGCAAUCCCGUGAGCAUGGAAGAUCUCCUUGAGAGUUGGAUCAUGAGCUUUAGCAGACUCCUUCUUUCUUAACUCUGAAGUUGGGACGAAGUGGUGGUCAUCACUGUCGGAUUCAACAGAAUUGCUUACAUGAGCAGAUGCUUCUUUUUCCAUUUUGAGGAGAAGUUUCCUAAGAACAUUCCUUUCCUGCUGGCUGAAGUAGACGUCAUCUUCGGCUGAAUUCCUCUUUUUGAAAUGAUCUUUGUGCAGUAUAACCAUGGGAGCUUGCUGAAUUGGCGCAAUAGUCUUAGCCAAAUUUUUCUUUAUCAUGAAUUUAGACAGAUACAUCUCUAUAUGAAUUAUGAGAUUCAUGAUUUUUCGAAAAAUCUUGAUCUGAUAUGAGAGGAACAAACUAAACUUGGCCUCAUACUCAGAGAAGGCUUAUGACUCCUCUUUCAGUACUGGAGUCUUGUGGCAUGGUCUGAGAGUAUGACAUAGCCAAAUAUCUCAUCGAAAAGUGCCCUAUUUUG